UAAUUCUCAUACUCCCUCUCUUUCAAAACAUCGUCCCCUGAAAAACAUGGCGGUUGUUCUGUUCUCUUCGAUCCCAUCGAUCUUCUCGUACUGACCUCUAUCGUUAUCCUGAGAGUUUAGAAAUAAACCCUAACUCGCCGGGUUGACUCAUUUAUCGAAGGGGCGGGCAGUAUCACGACGACUCGGCCGUCACCAAAUUGCGCAAGUUGUUGCGGGAUCCUUCUCGGCAAUGCGACGCUGGUUCGCCGCGAGAUCUCACUCUCGAGAGGAAACCACAUUUUCAUCCUCGUCGAUUAAAGCCUUCGCGCGUUUUCAGGCUCUUCUCCGUUCAGAUCGCAGGGAUGUCCAGUUAUUCCCAUGGCCCUAGUCCCAGGGGUCUCCUCUGCAAUGCCGGCGCCGGUGCCGCCGCUGGGGUAAUUGCGGCUACGUUUGUGUGUCCAUUGGAUGUUAUAAAGACGAGGUUUCAGGUUCAUGGGCUGCCAAAGCUUGGUGAUGGAAGCACCAAAGGUAGUCUUAUUGUUCGUAGUUUGGAGCAAAUCUUUAAGAGAGAAGGGAUGCGUGGCUUGUACCGCGGGCUUUCACCUACAGUGAUGGCGCUUCUUCCAAAUUGGGCUAUUUAUUUUACUAUGUACGGCCAGCUCAAGAGCUUCCUCUGUUCAAAUGAUGAGGAUCGGAAACUUAGUGUCGGUGCUAACAUGAUAGCUGCCUCUGGUGCCGGAGCUGCAACUACAAUUGCCACCAAUCCUCUUUGGGUUGUGAAGACUAGGUUUCAGUCUCAGGGAAUGAGAACGGCUGUGGUACCAUACAGAAGUACGCUGUCUGCCUUGAGGAGAAUAGCUCACGAGGAGGGAAUCCGUGGCUUGUACAGUGGUCUUGUCCCUGCCUUGGCUGGAAUCAGUCAUGUAGCCAUUCAGUUCCCCACAUAUGAGAAGAUCAAAAUCUACUUGGCUAAGAAAGGUGAUAGAACGAAGGAUAAUCUUAGCGCUCAAGAUGUAGCAGUUGCCUCAUCCAUUGCAAAGAUAUUUGCUUCCACAUUAACCUACCCACAUGAGGUUGUGAGGGCAAGGCUUCAAGAGCAAGGCCACCGCAGCGAAAAACGAUACUUGGGUGUAAGGGACUGCAUUAAGAAGGUGUUGGAGAAGGAAGGGAUAAAGGGUUUCUACAGAGGAUGUGCCACCAACCUUCUAAGAACCACACCGGCUGCAGUAAUCACAUUCACGAGCUUUGAGAUGAUUCGCCACUUCCUCUUCACCCAUUUACCACUCUGACCCCCUCAUCUCAUCACACGCUGCAAACCAUUUAGAUCAUUCUCAUUCAUUGGUCUGAUUAAAGACGGUAGGACCUCCUGAACCUCUUUUUCCUUUCCGGGUCUGGAAAAUAUCUGAUGGCUCAAUCUGAAAAACCACAUAUUCAUGUAAGAAAAAGGCAUAGAAAAUCCUGUUGAAUGUUAUGAUUGUGGUUGAUGAGAUGGUGAAGUUGGGUUUA